AAAACCAGCAGGGAAAUACAUUUGGCUUUUCUUGCCAGGGUCACUUGUGCGCUCUAAAGAAGGUGACAGAACAAGAAGGGCAACAGCCAAAAGAAGUAAGGUUGUCCUGGUUCCCCAACAUCUGAUAAAGAACUUGUUAAUCCAGAACAGAAUGGCCAAGAGAGUAGCCAUCAUUGGAGCUGGGGCGAGUGGCCUUACGGCCAUUAAAUGCUGUUUGGAUGAGGGUCUUCAGCCAACAUGUUUUGAGAGAAGUGAGGAUAUAGGGGGGCUAUGGAGAUUCCAGGAACAUGUCACAGAAGGCCACAGCAGCAUUUACAAAUCAUUGACUACAAAUAGUUCAAAGGAGCUGAUGAGUUUUAGUGAUUUUCCUAUUCCUGAGGAAUACCCAAACUAUAUGCAUCAUAGUAAAGUGAUGGAGUACUUUAGGAUGUAUGCAGAGAAAUUUGAUUUGAUAAAGUACAUACAUUUCAAGGCUCAAGUCCGCCAUUUAAGGAAACACACAGAUUUCCCCAUCACCGGACAGUGGGAAAUUGUAACAGAAAUGAACGGGAGGCAGGAAUCGGCUGUCUUUGAUGCUGUUCUACUUUGCACAGGCUUCCAUGUGCAUCCUUAUUUUCCUCUGGAUUCAUUUCCAGGUGUUGAAAAAUUUAAGGGGGAAAUUAUUCACAGUUCGGCAUAUAAGAAUCCUGAAAAAUACCAGGACCAACGAAUCCUCAUCAUAGGCUUGGGAAAUUCUGGAUUAGAAAUUUCUAUUGAUCUCAGCCAUAGCACAAAGCAGGUCUUUCUGAGCACUAGAACUGGUGCUUGGGUGAUUAAUCGAGUCUCUGAUGGUGGGUAUCCUUUUGAUGCAGUGCAUUUUACACGCUUCAAAAAUCUCCUUUUCCAUAAACUUCCUGGGGCACUGAUAAACCAAUGGGGAGAGAAGAAGCUGAAUAUGAAAUUUAACCAUGAGAACUAUGGUGUAAAACCCCAGCACAGGUUCCUAAGUAAGACUCCAAUUAUGGGAGAUGACCUACCAAAUGCUAUAAUUGCUGGAAGGGUGCUAAUGAAACCACACGUGAAGAAGUUCACUGAAAGAGGUGUGAUCUUUGAAGAUGGCAGCACAGAAGAAAAUAUUGGCGUGGUCAUUUUUGCUACAGGAUACACCUUCUCCUUUCCCUACACUCAGGACAUUAUCCUCAGAACCCAAGCAAAUAAAGUCUCACUGUAUAAAAAUGUUUUCCCACCACACUUGGGAAAGCACACAUUAGCUGUGAUUGGCUUCGUCAAACCUAUAGGAGCCAUUAUGCCUGUAUCUGAGAUCCAAGCUCGCUGGGCCACAAGAAUCUUCAAGGGCUUGAACAAGUUACCUUCAGAUAAUGACAUGAUGACUGAUAUUGUUAAGAGGAUCCAAUACAAUGAAAAAUGGUAUGCAGCAAGCAGGAUCAAUCCCUUAAUAGUGCAGUAUAUUGAUUACAUGGAUGAACUGGCUUCCAUAUUAGGAGUGAAACCGAAGCUGCUGAGUCUUUUUCUGACCGAUCCAAAGUUGGCCUGGGAAGUAUAUUUUGGACCUUGUUCAGCUACUCAGUUCCGUCUGACCGGUCCUGGGAAGUGGGAGGGAGCCAGAAACACCAUCUUGACCCAGAGAGAAAGGAUUAUCAAGCCUACAAAGACACGACCUCUGCAGUCUUCUACCAACACCAAAGUAACUCUGGUUCCUUCUUUCUUCAUUAAAUCACUCAUCUGUUUGGGACUUCUCACUAUUGUCUUAACUUAUCUCUAAUUUGAACUUGUAGCAGUCUGAAAACUGCUUCUUCUCCUGCAAAUGAACUUGUUUUGAGUGGUAUUUUCUCUACAUG